GGACUUGCUUGCUCGCUCUUACUUCUUCAGGCACUCGAAUUUGAAAAAUAAACCCAAGCAAUGCUCGAGUUGUGUGUUUGAUCAAAUAGUAUGUCAAACAAUAAUAAUAAAAAGCAACAUAAUGAAAGGAAAAUGCAGCACACAUCACGCUUGACGCCUAAAAUAAGAGAAUAUCUCGCUGAGCUGCCAAACGAACGCGAAUUAGAGCUGGAGCGCUUCAUGGCAUUAUCAUCAUCCUCGCCAGCGAGCAGCAGCGUCAGCGUUGGCGCGCACAGCACCGACGCAAUGCGCAGCGGCAGCCGCCGUCGCAGUCACAGUCACUGCGGCAGCGAAAUGGUGGUUGAAACAGCAACAACAGCAGCAGUAGCAGAAACAACAACAAAAACAACAGCUGCCUGUCCAGCUGCCAUGGAAUGCAUGCGUAGCAAAAGUAAAGCACCACAAAUAAUUAACAUUCCGAUCGUCAUGGAAACGAUAGCGAGCAGCAGCAGCAGCAAACCGACUGCAUCCGUUUCUGUUGAGGAUUUGCGCACACCAACAAAGGGCACGCAGACACCAACGGCACAAAUGCAGACGCGCAAGACGCAAACACCGGAAUCGGCAUUAAAAUCGCACAAACGCUUGGAAUGGGAUCCAGCUGCCGAUGUGGGCUAUCGCUGUGAGCGUGCCGCAUCCGUCAGCAAUAUUAGCACAUUGGAGCGCUCUGUGCUAGAGGCGGCCAUACAACCAAAUCGUUCUGAAUCCGAUUUGAAUCGUUUGCAACAGCAGCAGCAGCACCAGCAGCAGCAGAAGCAACACGAGGCGUCGGCGCCUCCGCCUUCGUCUGCGCAGCCGCCGUUGGCUUCCAGCACCUUUGUCAAUAGCCAGACAAUGACAACGCCAGCGCCCAGCCAGAGUUCACGCCGUGAAUCUGGCGUCACAUCAGCGGCGAGCAGCUUUGACUAUCAACACCACCACCACCACCAUAACUCGCAGCCCUCCUCCACCGCCGCCACGAGUCGCAGCAGCAACAGCAGUCGGCACACGCUUAGCGCCGAGGAGCUGCUGCGCCAUGUGGAGCAGCAGCGUCAGGAGCGCGAGUAUACCGCCCAGUUGCAGCAAGUGCUGUGCAACAAUCGUCGACAGAAGAAUAAGGAGAAUCAACAGCCACAGCCGCCGCCGCCAUCUUCGCGCGCUAAAUCCAGCGCCUCCUCAUCGGCUGCCUCCUCCGUCUCCUGUCCGCCUGGUCGAGGGGAUCUGGAUUUGGGCAUAGAUCUGCUCUGUUCGCUGGUCAACAAGCGCAGCCUAAGCCACAGCCAGAAAAAGCAGCUAAUUCGGGACAUUGCCAAGCGCCUAGCCUGUCUCGAUCUUGUGUCCAGCAGCAGCAGCAACAGUCGAGCCGAGUCCACUCGCAGCUCCCGGCUUAGCAAAUCUGUUAGCCAGCACAAGGAGCAUGAGCAAUUGCAGCUGCAACAGCAACACCAACAGCAACAACAAGAGCAGACCACCAACAAUGAUAGCCAUUCAAAGGAUACGCUGAGCCAGUGGCGCAGAGACAUAGCCACAAAUACGAGCAAUAGGUCCACCUUGGACAAAUCAAUGGCGAAACAAUUGACGCCAGCUCCUGUUGUGUCAGCUCCUGCAGCAGCAGCAGUACCUGCUUCUGCUGCUGCUGCUGAUGCUUCUGCCCCUGUGCCUGCGCCUAGAACUCGCGUAGCCACGCCCUCUCAAUCACCUUUGCAGUCGUGCAGUUACGGAUCGACAAGCAGCGGCGCAUCCAAUGAGCUGGUCACUCAAAAGACGAACUUACGGUCAAAGUCCAGGAGCUCGGCAGAUGCUGCCGAUCUGUUUGCCAUGCGAGAAUGGCUUCAUCCGAUGACCCAAAGUGAGAUCGACUACGAAGAGAAGCGACUACAGUUGCGCUUAACUCUGGACAAGGAGCGUCGUUCGCAAUUGGACUGGAUCGAGACGGAGAUUCGGCGCCUGCGCAUGCUCCAAAAUCUAUUGAACAACGCCAAGAGAGAGGCACAUUUGUCAUCACCGCCCCCAUCUAAUACAAACAUUCCGAUUCGAAGGAUUGAUGUGCCAACUACGAAUGAACCCAACCAGCGUCAACCGAAGCGUCCAGCGCCACCAGCACCACCAGUGACACCAGUUUCAACACCGCUGCCAAAUGCAGUCACAGUUCCAGUUGAAGUUGCUCAAAUUGUUGCAUCAGCACCGACAACAAUACCAGCCCCACCACCAACGCCACCACCACCUCCACCUCCACCUUUAGUGUCACGACCACUGCCACCGAUACCGCCGCCAAUGCACCCACUAGCGGCUGUCCAACGACAGAUACAGCGCAGCAAAAUGGCAACGCCCAACACGCUCAGCCAUUCGGGCAGCAGCGAGAGCGUCUGCUCCUUUGUCCAGCAACGUCAGCGUCAAUUUAUGGCCCACUAUCAGAAUCAGCAGCAGCAGCGCCUCGAGCAGCAACAACAGCUCUUCAUGCUGCAGCAACAUCAGCAGCAACAGCAACAGCAGCUGAUCCAUCGCCAGCAACAACAUUUGCAUCCAACUUGCCAAUUGCAUCAACGCGUGCAUCAGUGCCAGCAACAGGAACAACAACAGCAGCAACCACAACAACAACAUUAUAUACAAAUGCAGUAUGCACAUGGAAUGGGCAAUGAUUACAGCUGCCUGGAUGAGGGAGCUGUCUACUAUCAAGUAGUUAACUCUCAAUCAGCGCCUUGCUACGUGCACACAACGGAAGCAGCAACAGCAGCAGCAGCACCAGCAGCACCAACAGCACCAACAGCAGCAGGAGCAGCAGCAGCAGCAGUAGCAACAACAAAAGUAGCAAUAGUAGCAGCAACAGCAAUGGGAAAAAAAUCUGCAUUAGCAGCCGCAUCAAGCAAUAGCUGCACAUCAACGAGUUCGACUUCGUCGAUGCUGUGCAUUAGCUCGGAGAUGUCGAUACCGAUGGGCAUGGUUAAUGCCUGCGAGGCGACCACAACAACAACAACAACAACGCAUCAGUAUGAUGACGUUGCCUGCCACCAGCAGCUGCAGCUGCGCCGACGCUUGCGUCAUCAUCAUCAUCAUCAGCAUCAUCAUCACCAUGCGCAUAAGGAGCAUAAUGCGCAGCAGGCUCAGCAUGAGCAGCGCCAACAGAUGCUGCAGGUACGUCCACGUGGAAUUGCGUAUGCCAUUCAAUUCACUGCCAGUGGCGAUGCCAGCGAAUUGCUCUCAGACGCACUUACGCUGCAGGAACAUUUGCAGCUCGCCCGUCCACUGUUCUGUGCGCAAUCCAAGCAGCGCAAGGCCAUCCUCAAUGAGAUGCAGUUGCUGCGCAAUCAGCGUCGUCGCGAACUCGAUCAACUCAUCGAGAACAGCAGCCUGGAGACGCUAGAUAAACGAUUGGAGCAGCUGCCGCCACCAGUUACCUCACGCGUUCGCAUCUUCUCCACAAAGGAGAUGAAGGCGCUGACCAACAAACGCUGCGAAAGUCUGCCCGAGGUAAUCGCCGCACAGAAUCGGGAACUCGAGGAGCGCCGUCGUCGCAGCAAUCGCAUCAUGCGUGACGUCUUCAAUCGGCGUUUGCAGCGUCGCGUGCGUCGUGGCAAACUGUCGCUGAACCACAGUCGUACCGUCAUCUAGCCACUCUUCUCCGAGACUCCAAGCAGUGCCAUCUCUUAGCAAGACCUAUAAACAUAUAACAAAUCGAUUAUUGGCGACAGCAGCAGUUUACACUAUUGAAGGAUGCCACUGAAGACAAAAUCACGUUUCUAUUUUAUUUUUUUUAGCUAAUCUUAUAUAUUUUUUUAGCUGUUUUUCAACUUAAAUCUAUUUAUCGUAUAACACUCUCUGUUUGGCCAACAAAAUAAAAUGGGAUUUGCUUUAGCAUAUUCCUGUGUAGUAUGAGUUAAAUUGUGCACUGUAGCAGACAUUAUAUAUACAAAUGCCAUCAUCAAGUUAAUAAAUG